GUCUAAAUUCUAUCCCCAAACUCCCCCAAUAAUUGGCUGGUGUAAAAACUGAGGUUUCAAUUGGCCAAAACCGAUCACCACCACCAAACACUUUCGAUAAUCACUACACCCUUCUCCAAGAUUUCUUCACUCAUCAUCACUCGCAAACCCUUUUCCCCCAAAUUCCUCUCUACACCUAUAAAAAGUCAACCUUGAAAACCCUAACAAAAUUCCCAAAAUCUUGAACCUUUCCUCCAAAAUUAGCGAUCUUUUACCACUUUACCCUCGAUUUCCGAUCUGGGUUUUGAUCCAAAGAUCAUGAAUUUCAGAAACAUGGAAGAAUUCUGGCCUUUUUACGUGAACCAACACUCAAAACCCGCAACAAGAAGAUGGCAUUUUGCCGGUACACUUUCGAGUAUUUUGUGUUUGAUUUAUGCAGUUUUGUUCAACUGGUGGUUCUUGUUGUUUGUGCCUUUGUUGGGUUAUGGUAUGGCUUGGUAUAGCCACUUUUAUGUUGAGGGAAACAUACCUGCAACUUUUGGUCAUCCUGUUUGGUCACUUUUGUGUGAUUACAAGAUGUUUGGUUUAAUGCUUACUGGUCAGAUGGAUAGAGAGAUCAAAAGGUUAGGUAAAAGACCUGUGUUGCAACCCUAUUGAUUUCUGGUUUUGUGUUUUUUUUUAUACUUGUAAUAAUGACAUGUUUGGUUUGGUCAUGUGGUUGAACACUUUGUUUUGCUGUGUAUUUUGUGUAUAUAUUAAAGAAUCUAUUGGUUUUAAUGUCAUUGUUGAUUGUGGUUUGGA